AUGGAACAGCUAUUACAACAUAUAUUUGAUUCUAAAAUAUUAAAAUUAUUUCAUGAAAAUUUGGUUUGGGAAUUUACUAGUGUUCAAGCUUGUUAUAGUAAUAGCUGUUUUCAAAAUUCAAAAAUUGAUUCUAUUGUUUUGAUUAAAGAACUGGUGAAUUUAAAUUGUUAUCUGGAAUCACAACAAUCGAAAUUAGCAUCUGCUUCUAAGUCCUUCUUAACUUCGGAGCGGUUGUCACAAACUGUGAUGGGUGAAGGAGAAAAGAGGGAUGAGGGAGCAGAGACUAAGAGUAGAUUAGUUGUUGAUGUAUCGUCGACUGAAUGGUCUAUGCAAGAUAUGGUGCUACAGAUACUGAAAAUUCCAUUAGAUAAGAAACAGCAGUGUUCAAAUUGGGCAAAAGCUAAACUAAAUAAAAGUCAACAAGAUUAUGCAGCAUUCGACGUACUCAGUUUGAUAGAUAUUUAUUUAAAGUUAAUUAAAAUCCAUCCAACUUUUAAUCGAUCAAUCUCACUUUCUAUCAAUUCAUUACAGUACGAAAUUUGUGUUUGUGAUUCCUUCUAUGCACACAGAAAAAAAUUAAAUAAACAUUUUGAACAAAAUCAUCCAGAUCUUCAACUAUCCAACAACAACAGUUAUGAUAAACAAUCACAAGAACAACGUAAUUUAUUUUCUUCAAGAACGGUUAAAAAACGAAUGAAUUAUUAUUAUUAUGAACAUGACGAUGAAGUAGAUUUACAAAUUGUCACUCAAAAAUUAUUAGCUGAACGAAAAAAUGAUGCUGUAACAAUAUGGAAACCAGCACUUGCUGAUGCCAAACCUAUCUUAGAUGAUGAACAAGAUUUACAGUCUCCAUUUAUAACUUCUCAAGACGUCGAACCACAGACAACAACAGCAACCGAAGAUUCGGUUCGUUAG